AAAAGUGUUUGUGGAAAUUUAUUGCAAAUAACAAUUGUGCAUGGGGAAAGUUUGCUUGCUUUAUAUUCGCGUGUGAUAGCCAACAGUGUUUUGUUGCUAGUAACUUUCACGCAAACAUAAAAUCGGUUCGGUGUUUAGUGUAUUUUCUGCUUGUUUAAGCUGGUCGCGAUGAACAACCCAGUCAAGCAUGAUGCAAAUGUUCGUUUGUGCCGCGCCGUACAAAAACAUCCGUGUCUUUACGAUCGCUCGGAUGAGAAUUACGAUAAACGAGAUGCCUACGAUUUCGCCUGGGAUGAAAUUGCCGGAGAUUGUUUGGACACAGCAACCUCUUGCAAACAAAGAUGGCGCGUUAUACGCAGAUCUUUUAAGAGAUCGCUUGGCGGAACGCCAAGAAACCGCAAAGCACAUCGAACACAAAAAUAUUAUCUACACGAUGUAUUAGAAUUCUUUAUGCCACAUAUAAACGGUGGUCCGGAAGCGGAACAAGUUCGCGAAAGCGAUGAUGAAACGGAAAGCGUGAAAAGAAGACGAUCGUCCACUAUGAGCGACAUUAAGACUAAAGCAGAUGAAAAUCUAAAAGCAGACGAGUUUAUUGAGGAGAGAAAAAUCGACGAACAUGACAAGAAGAUUAAGUCGGAGGAGCAUACAAAGAAAAACGAAGGAAAAAAGAACUCUGAUAGGAUAGAUGAGGUAAUUGGGGAGAAGAAUGAAGAAACCCCAGCGGAAAAAGAUACUAAGUCAAACAAAAAAUCGUUACCUUCAAGACGCAAAACAUUGUACAAAGAAAGAGAAGAAUUGAAAGUCGAAGAGUACAAAGUAGAUGAACCUAGAUCAAAUAGAAGAUCUCAGGCGUCUAAAGCUAAAGUUGAGGAGAAAAUAGACACUGAAGAGGAAAAGGAACAAAAGACAUUUGAAACUAAGCCAAAUAAGAAGUCCCAAGCGGCAAAGAAAGUUGACACAUUCUACAUUAGUCCAAAGGACAGCGAUUCAGGAACAUUUGUUAUAAGAAAGAAUAAUGCUAAUAGAAAGAUUGAAGAUGCGGCGCAAACUAACGAAGAAGUUGCCACUCAUGACGAUAAAGACGAAGCAAUUGCUACGGUGGAAUCCAGAGAUGAUAGUAAGGAGGAUAGCAAAGUUGGGGAAGCCGACGAGGCUGAUGAAACUGAAGAAUCGCCAACGGCACAGCAGAAUGAUUCACGUUUUCGCUUUAAACGCGCUUGUAAGCGUGGCUUGGAUAAGUCGAUGAUCAAUCAGCUGCGGCUGCGUCAAAGAGAACCGGAUUUGAAACGUAUAAGACACAGCACAGAACGUUUGAGAUCAAUAGCCAAGGCAACUUUAGAGCUAGCAGAAUCGAUUAGGACUCCCAAUAAAGGAACAAAUCCUAAAGAAAUGUUAUCAAAAAACAUAUCAGACUUGCGCGCUUUGCAAGCUGAGGCAACGGAGAUGGAAGUGGAACCUUCGCCUAUCACAGCACUUGUCAGUACAAAACAAGCAUUGCCGACAGCGACUGCUUCGGUGGCGCCACCGUUAACAAAUCAAUCAAUCGGUAUACGCGCCAUUACAUUUGAGUCUCAAGCGGCUGAGACAUCGCUCGCUCGCAUGCACCAAAGCGUACAAUGCAAUCUACAACCGACUUCAACAGAUGAGGACUUUCUCUGCACACUUAAACCCUAUUUAAAUGACAUGAAUGCGCGGCAAAAGUUGCAUUUCAAGAAGAAGAUCUUCGAAUCAUUGAUGGAAGUGUUUGACAGCGGCGCGAAUUUCCCCGCCGACGCCAGUAAGCCAAAUGCAGCUGCAGCGCCACCAGCUAUCAUACCAGCACAACUACUAAAAAAAGUGGGUAACGAAGAGCUGCGCCUAGUACGUGAACUAGUCGCAAUGGUGCAGGCGGCCAAGCAGACGCCAGAGCUCAAUUUGAGCACAAACAGCCCCACCGAUAGCGUGACAGAGUUAGUUAGUGAAAAACGGCCCACCAUUUCACCAUCCGUGUCGGUGUCAGUUUCUGUGCCACCACCACCGCUAACAUUACGCUCUGUAUCUGCAAUCAACGCGUCAGUGCAGAGCAUCACAUCGCCGGUGGGUCUCAGGUUACCAGUUCAAUCGAGGCAAGUGAGCAUUAGUUCAAGUUCGCCCAGCUUCACGCUUUCUACAUCUAUGGCCAACACGCUUGCGCCGACUGCAGCUUCUACUCCAGUCACAACUUCAACUGCAGCAUCGUCUCCAAUGCUCGUGCAGCGUCGAAUCAUCCGCAAGUUGGUCAAAGUAAAUGAGUUGGGUCAACCCACCUAUGAACUUUCUGCCCCUAGCCCAGUUAAGACAUCACCACCUCCCGUAGCAGAUGGCUUGCGCCGUCGUAUUUUACGCAUAUUCCCGAAGAGUUCGCUAUCCAAUGGAAGCUUGGAGAAUGCGGUCACCUCCAGCGGUGUCGGCACUUUCGUAGUACCGCGCUUAAGUAAUGCUACAGCGAAUAUUGGUCAUCAAAGCAUCAAAGUAGUAAGCACUGCAGCCACAUCGACCACCGUCAGCGCGUCCUCAAUAAACACACAAAAUAUGCGACAAUUUGUGACACCAGUCAGCACUAUCGGAUGGACUACUGUUACCAUCGGGAGUUCUACAACUACAGCGAACUCAUUGACAGCAUCGGGUAUCGCUAAUCGCGCUGUGGGUGUAAGUGGUGCACGUCCUAUUGUGCGUCGUUACUCGGUUUGCGGCGCGCUACCCAAUGUUACGGUGGAACGUCACACAGCCUCUAACUAUUUGACCACAACUGCUAAUACCAAACCCGUCUCGUCGACAACCCAAAGUACUACCGCGGCAGCGCGUGACUCUCCACUAAGCUUCAAUUUAAAAGAUAUUUUCAAGUUACCCGCGGCUAUGCGCAGCACAACGACCCCAACAACCACUCAAGGAACUACGAUAGUGACCAAAACAACUUCUUCCAGAACUAUGCCGGUGCUCAGCGUCUCUGCUUCGGAUGGUAGCACGUCAGCUAGAACUAUGCCGCUAACAAUGGGUUUUAAUAAGUUCGCACGAAAUGAUGGCGCAGCUAUUGGAUCGGCUGAUGCUAGGCCAAGACCCAAACAAAUUAUCUACCACAAAACCAAUAUGGGGAUUUGUCAAUCCACCAUUUCGUUGAAUAACAACUCUUCUAACUUCAACGCUCCUACAUCUCCCUCUAAACAUUCUGCUCAAUUGAGUGCGGGUGUAAAACGUUUGCUUGAGGACUCAUCAAAUUCAUCGGAAAAACGUGUUUGCGCUAAUGGGGAGAAAGGGAGCAAUGGCGAGGCUACUUCCGCAGAGAUGGCUGGUGUCAUAGACUCGGAUGAUUUUACUGCAGUAACUGUCAAAUCUGAGCCAAUCGAAGACUACUGAUUGAAAUAGUUGUGGAAUGGGAGUAACCCCAAAUGCUGCCUCAUAUUACAUACUUAAACAUAAUUAGUUUUUAGAAUUCUUAUGUCCGUUGUUUUUUUUUUUAUCCACACUUAAUUUUUCAGCCUUAAUAUUCAAAGAAAGAUGGAAUUAUUAAUGUGAAAUGCAAAUUAUUAUUAUCUUUUAUUUCAAAUAAAUACGACA